UAACAACCAUGCAUAACGCAUUAAACAAUAUAUUAUACCUACCAAAUACUUGGAAUCAGAUAAUACGACAAAUUUUGAAUCCAUUAAUUUUUGUUCAAAUUUUUUUUUUUAAAAUCUUUUUCCUUAAAUUUGAUCAUUUGUAGUAAAACGAUUUGUUCGUCACAAUGUUGAAGUGUUCCUAUCUUCAUUGCUAUAAAAUCCCGGCAAGGAUUGGAGGCUGGCAUAAGGUUCAAAGAAGCAGCAUUGUCAAAAUGGCCGCCACCACCAAUCAGCAGAAGCAUUUCGUCGCCGUCCACGGCGUUGGUCACGGUGCAUGGGUAUAUUACAAGCUGAAACCCCGCAUUGAGGCCGCCGGACACCGUUUCACCCCGGUUGACCUCGCAGGUGCCGGAGUCAACGAAACCAAACUCGAAGAGAUUCGUUCCCUGCAUGAUUACACUAAGCCGUUGUUGGAUGUCUUGGCAGCCGUCCCGGAAAAUGAGAAGGUGGUGCUGAUCGGCCACAGUGGGGGCGGCAUGAGCGCCGCCGUCGGGAUGGAGAAAUACCCGAACAAAAUCUCCCUUGCCAUAUUCUUGAACGCCAUAAUGCCAGACACCAAAAACCGACCUUCCUAUGUUUUGGAAAAGUAUUCUGCUGGGACUCCACUUGAUGCAUGGAAGGAUACGAAAUUUACCGUCUACGGAGACCCGCCAAUUACCGCAUUGCUUUCUGGGCCAGAAUUUAUCGCUACUACACUGUACCAUCUCUCUCCUAAAGAGGCAAGUUUUUCCAAUUCAAUUGUCUAUAUUGUAUACUAAAACGUGACAUGAGCGUAAUUUAAAAUGAUAUUUUCUGUCUAAAAAAAUAAAAUAAAAUUCAUUGAGUUUUUAAAUUCGUAAUUAAAAAUAGUGCAAAUCUCAAAAUUCAAUGUAUAUUAAUAUUUUUUUUUUUGGUUAGAUUGUAGACUUUCACGGCACAAAUUAACAGAUUUUUUUUUCCAGGCAUCUUGUCUUUAGCGUUGUAUUAAGAGAUUUACAUGUUUGUGAUUAUAUGAUGAUAAAAUGAUUGCUAUUUCGGUCAAUACAAAUUUUUUAAGAAACUUGCAAUUGUCUUAUGAACAGGAUCAGGCACUAGGGAACUUGCUGGUGAGACCGGGAUCACUUUUCAUUGAAGAUUUGGUAACGUUAGACAAGUUCACGGACCAAGGAUUCGGAUCGGUUCUGCGAGCUUACAUAAUUGCUGCCGACGACAAAACUAUUCCGGCAGAGUUCCAGAAGUGGAUGAUCGAGAACAACCCGGUGAAGGAAGUGAAAGAGAUCAAAGGUGCUGACCAUAUGCCAAUGUUCACUCAACCUGACGAAUUGUGCAAAAAUCUGGUGGAAUUGGCCCAGAAAUAUGCUUGACCUUUUGGAGGCAACGUUACUAAUCGUGGAUCCGAUGUUUGAGAGUUCUUAUGCAGCUCUCUACUAAUAAAAAACCGUGUGAACGUCAAUAUUUCUCGAGGCUGUGUUUUGGGGGGUGAAUUUUAUUUGUUGCUUUUUCUGUUAUCUUUAUCUAGAAAGUUGCCGUAAUAAACAUUAAUCACCUGUUCAGUGGCAUUAUUCUAUUAUUAAGUUUUUUUUUUUUUUUUGGGUGUGAAACCUCCCUUUUUUUUGGUUACAAAUUGUAGUCUGAAACGUUAAAAACUUGCCACAGUAGGGUUUAGUUCUUGGAAACUUCACGCGGUUAUAAAUGAAAUUUUUCAUUUUACUACCAACUAAUUAAAAGAAGAAGAAGAAGAAGUAAAUAAACAAGAUAAUCAAUGGAAAGGUGGACCCAAAAGUAUUUUAGCCAAAACAAUGUCCACAAAUCAUGUGGCCUUGGAAAGUGUUGGCUAAACUAACUUGCAAUGACUAUAUCUCUCUUUGACAAAUCAGUACAAGGUAGUUUUGAUUUUGACAAUUGUAAUCAUAAAUUCAGUAUUCC